UAAAAUGGAGCAGUAUCUUUCUGCCAUACAUAGCAAAGGGAAGUCUGGAGCAAACUCGAGUAAUAAAGACUUCUUUCUCUCUACAGAUAAUGAAAUAAUUUCCAGUUUACCACUGCAGAUGUCCCUCUAUUUCAACGUUUAUUAUUUCCCACUCUGGUGGAUCAGCACAGUUAUCAUACUCUACGUGAAGUAUCCAGUCUUGUCAGAUUACUACAAGUUCAUCGUGGUCACGGUCAUCAUCCUAGCCUCGCUCAUAGAGGUCGUCCGGCUCUACCUGGGGUACAUGGGCAAUCUCCAGGAGAAGGUCCCUGAGCUGGCUGGGUUUUGGCUCCUAAGUCUUCUACUGCAGUUGCCCAUAAUUCUCUUCUUGCUGUUCAAUGAAGGCCUGAAAAUCCAGCCGCUGGAACGAUCAGUCAACACCAUCUUUGCUUUCUUCCUCACUUUCCAAGUCAUUGCAGGCUUUCUUGCCCUGAAAAAAAUGGUAAACCAGCUGGCAACCCACUUCCACCUCCAUGAGUUUGAGCGGCUGGAGGAAUACCCUCUGCCUCGUGUUUACGGCCUGGGAAGAGAAGAGAGCUGCUAG